AAGCAGUGCCGUGUCUGCACCCGGGAUCCAAACUGGCGAACCCCGGGCCACUGAAGCGGAACAUGCGAACUUAACCACUGCACCACUGGGCUGGCCCUGAUCACUUUUUUAAUAGUGAUGAAAAUGACAAGCCUGCUACUGUCUGAUUUUGUACAGUUGUCACUAAUUUAGACAUGUUUCACAUCCUCUUGAAUAUUUAUAGACCCUAUCCUUAGUUUGAGUACAUUCUGUUAAUCACUAUUUUGUGAAUGUAACAAGAAAAAUGUGUACUUUCUGAUUAGUGAGAAAAAAAGACUAUAAAAUGACAUAUUCACUCUCUCAAUUCCUUAAAAUUCCUGUCUGCGUGUGAAGGAGUCUUGGAACAGAAUAAGCAAAAUGAAAAUGUUUAGUGUUUAGAUUGUGGGAUUCAGGGAGCUUUUCCUUCUAUUUAUUCUUUCAUAACUGGUAUGCAACAGGUAGGGCUCAGGAGAAAAACCAAAAUGCAAGCUUAGUGCAUCCAGAUGCAGUUUGAGCAUCUGGAUCAGUCUACAAAGGGCAUUUAUCCCAGAGUCACUCCCAGAACAUCUGUAAAGGACCGUUAAAUUGUAGGGAAAAAACAAUGAUUUUGAUUUCUGGAAAUUAUAUAUUUAUUGACUAUGUUUUCCACUAGUGAUCAAGAAGAAAACUUUUGUGCAGCAAGUAGGGGUCUAGGCAAGCUGGAGACACACCAGCUUUGUUCACAGAUAGCCUACAGGAGAGAGGAACCUCUGGAAAACCACUGUACACUAGCAGUUUAGAGCAGGAGAGGAGAACGUGGCAUCUCUGUGGUCCUGUUUCAUGGACAGGAGUUUGUCCUGCUCAUGGCCCAUCCUAUGGGGACAGAACACUGGGAAGGCUGAGACCUUUAUGCCUUGAAUUGUUUGUCCUAGUCCUUGGUAGGUAGAUAGUUUAUUUAGAAAGACCUUGAUCAUAGCGAUAGAUUUCAGAGGUCCAUUCCACAGUGAUUCGUGGCUUUUUAUCAAAGACAAAAGAGAAUAAGAGCCCAUACAGAAUAAUGCCUUAUAUGCAAUAUAGGAAAUAUAACAUCUUUAAGUGAGAGAAACUUACAAACCAUACAGCCAAGAAACAAAAUAUAAAAGACUGCUUCUUCAAAACUUAAUAAGGUUUUCCCGACACUCAAGGACUAAGGGAAUUAGUUUUAAAAAUAGGUUUUAGGUUUAUAGUCAGAACAGGAACAUUGGGUAAAUGGUAGCAAGAUGAAAGAAGACAGGCUAAUUGAGCAGGAGGAAAGGAAUUUCCAUAGAAGAAAGCUUGAGUCCGUAAAAGCCGGGCCAGGAAGUUAUAAAAUGGAGUAGGAUAUUCCUAUAUGUAAUUGGCCCUGAAGAUAUGACUAAACAUCUUCACUGUUUGAGGGUGUGCUCCAGUGAAGGAAGGAAGAAUGUGGAAGACAUUGUGUCCAGAAAAGCAUGAGUUUAUUGUGGGAAAAUAGUGAAGACUCAGGAUGAUGGUUGUGAAGCAGGGUUGGAAUCUGCUGUCCUCAUACCAAGGAGAGUUUGUGAAAGUUUUAGGAUAUCAUGAAGUCAAGUAGUGGAAAAUAGAAAGGCAACUAGGAAUUUUUUAAGUUGUACAAUACAGGAAAUGUAUCUUAGUAUACCAUUUGGGUCUGUAGUGAGCAGUGUUCACAUGGUAUAGGGAAAGGGUCUUUUUGGGUUGUCUGAAAAACUGGAGGUAGCGAUAUUGUUGAGAGACAUCUGGGUGGUGGACUCUCCUUCCUCUGGCACCCACCACAAUGAUGAUUAUUGUUACCUAACUGAUUCUGGGUUUAUUUCAGGGGCCAAAAGGGCCCAGAAUUUAUAAACAUUCCUUGAUACAGAAGUGCAUACAUUUCUGUGUAUGUGUAAAUUCUUCUUAUUAACUUACCAUAAGUAUAAAAGCACGGCUCACAAAAGAUGAGCUUCUCCAAUAUGGAAGGACCCACUCCAGCAUCCUCCAUGGCCAACAUGAGCAGCAGCCGUCAGGGGUGUACUGGCACCAAGUGAAUUUCUGCUGAGACGCACUGCAUCUGCUCAUGCUUUCUGUGGUUGCCUCAAUGCCAAUAAGAUUUUGUAAAACUUCUCUAAUUAAAUCUUACCUAACCAUAUGUAAGGGUUGAAUUAAGUUUUCUCUGGUUGUUUGUCAUUUAUAGCAGUGAUAAUUUUACAUUCUUUGCAUAUUUCUUUUGUCUUUACUCUUUUUGCAUAAAGGUUCAGGUAAAUGGAUGUUAAAUAUUAUAUGUAUUCUCUGUAGGGUCUUAAGUGUAUUGUAUAUAACAUCUUCCUAAGAAAACACUAAAUGAAGAUGAUUACACAACCAUAUUGUAGAGUAGUUAAUGAAAGAAAUGAACUUGUGUUAUAAUUAUUGUCAAAUGUUGAAACAACUGUGUUUGUCUUAAUGAAAUUUGUGUGCUGGCAUAAUUUGUAAUUUUGGAGCUUAGCAAAGCAUAAAAUCUUUCCCAGGGAAAUUAAGGGUAUAAUAGUUUGAGUUACAAUAAUUGGCCAUAAGGUUUUUUGUUUUUAAAUAUGCUACUCUCAUAAGAUGGGGAAGAUGUUAUUGUUUAAAAGCCCUUAAAAGGAGCAGCCUUGGGGCAGGCCCGGUGGCAUAGUGGUUAAGUUCAAGUGCUCCACUUCGGCAGCCUGGGGUUUGUGGUUUGGGCUCCCAGGGACAGACCUGUGUACACCGCUCAUCAAGCCAUGCUGUGGCUGCGUCCCACGUACAAAAUAGAGGAAGUUAGCACAGAUGUUAGUUCAGCGACAAUCUUCCUCAAACAAAAAGAGGAAGACUGGCAACAGAUGUUAGCUCAGGGCCAAUCUUCCUCACCCGCCUCCCCGCAAAAAAAUAAAAGCAGCCUUAUCCCUAAAUCCUUUUCCUGAUUCCAUGUAGCCAAGGGACUUGCCUUCCACCCAGGCAGAAGUCUGGAAGUGCAGUUUCUUGAGCUGGUGAACAAUAGAUGUUCUUCUCUUAGGGACACCAUGCAAAGCUGAAGGACAGGCGUGAGGUACCCAGUCCUUGAAAACUGGGAUUGUCAAAAAGGCAUACUGAAUCCCUAGGCUCCUUUCACUGCCAAGCUUCUGGAAUCCUCAAACCACUCUUCCUAAUCUUGGAGAAGAGAGAGGACAGUUCUUCCACACAGCACAGCAGUGCUUGGCAAGUAGAAGCCGUGUCUCUGAAGCUGCUCUCAGGAGUAUUAGAGCCCUUGAGGUGAAACGAAGUCUUCCCAUGUUGGCAACCUCCAAGAAAUGCUAGGGUGCAGACAUUUGCUUGGAUUGUGAAUAUGUAAUGAAGGCAAAUCAUGGUGGCUGUCCCAUUGGCAGGUCUAGCUAUGCAGUGGGGUGCCCUGUCAAGUCUUUGAGAAUGGAGUGGUUCUGAAGAAUGGCAGCAGAGGAGUCUAGAGAAUCUCACCCCAAGUCUCAUUUCUCAGGACACCAAGGGCCGUGUGUGAAGCGGGAACGCCAGCUAUGCUCCAGGCCACUUGGCGCCAGGAGCCAGUGACCUUUGAGGACGUGGCUGUGUACUUCACCCAGAAUGAAUGGGUCAUCCUGGACCCAGCACAGAGGGCCCUGUACAGGGAGGUGAUGCUGGAGAAUUAUGCAAAUGUGGCUUCCCUAGCUUUUUCAUUCACCAGACCUGUUCUGGUCUCCCAGCUGGAGCGAGGGGAACUGCCACCAGGCCUUGACCCCUGGGAACGUGCAAGCCCGGAGGCCCUCAGAGGCAUCUGUCCAGGGCGUGAGACCAGAACCGAGAAGGGAGAAUCAGCUCCAAAGGAACAUAUUUCCAAAGAAACGGAGGCCCACAGACUGACAUUAGGAGGGCUGCCAGGGGAUGUUCUCCAGCACCUUGACCUUGGAAGCAACCUCGAGCAGCCGCAUGGUCACUGGAUAGUCAAGAAAACAGACUCAAAGAGGAGAGAUUUCACAGAUGGGUCAACCAGGCAUCAUGAGGCCUGUGCUGUCGAGAGUGGGGAGAAGUGUGAGAAAUUAGGAAAAAAUGUUAGUGUCAGCACAAAACUCAGUACAAAUCAGACAGGUCCUAGUGGUCAGAUAUCUUAUGAAUGUAGAAAAUGUGACAGAUAUUUCAGUCGAAUGGCAGACUUCCACCAACAUCAGAGACAUCACACUGGUGAAAAGUCUUUUGAAUGCAAAGAAUGUGGAAAAGACUUCAGAUAUAACUCAUUACUUAUUCGGCAUCAGAUAAUUCACACUGGAAAGAAACCAUUUAAAUGUAAAGAAUGUGGGAAAGGUUUAAGUUCAGAUACAGCCUUGAUUCAGCAUCAGAGAAUCCACACUGGAGAAAAACCCUAUGAGUGUAAGGAGUGUGGUAAGGCCUUCAGUAGCAGCUCCGUCUUCCUCCAGCACCAGAGGUUCCACACUGGGGAGAAACUCUAUGAAUGUAACGAAUGUUGGAAAACUUUCAGUUGUAGCUCCAGUUUUAUUGUCCAUCAGCGAAUGCACACUGGGGAGAAACCCUAUGAAUGUAAAGAGUGCGGGAAACGAUUAAGCUCCAACACAGCCUUGACUCAGCAUCAGCGAAUUCACACCGGGGAGAAACCUUUUGAAUGUAAGGAGUGUGGGAAGGCAUUCAAUCAGAAAAUAACCCUGGUUCAGCAUGAACGAGUUCACACUGGCGAGAAACCUUAUGAGUGUAAGGUGUGCGGGAAAACCUUUGGCUGGUGUGGAAGAUUCAUUCUGCAUCAGAAACUACACAUGCAGAAGACAUCUGUCCAAGAGUAGCCCUGGAUUAUCCACAGCUAGGCUCACUGUGCCUCUUGUUUCUCUCCUUUUUCAUGCUUUUUAUGAGUGUCAUCACUGUCCUUCCUGGACUGUGCUAAUUCUUAACCGUGUAUGUCUGUUCCUGCAGCUCUGCAUAACUGGAAUGUCCCAGUAAGAUGUUUAAUUCAGACUCUCAGCUUCCAUCAUGAAACCUUCCUCAAAUUCUGUGAGCCCUUGUUUCUUCAACAAAAAUUCUCUUUACAGUUAGAAAAGACAAGAAACAAACCCCAAACUUACAAACAUAAAAGGAAAUAUAAGUUUCCAGAUUGAAAGGAUAUGCGGAGUGCCCAGCAAGAUGGACUGGGGGAAACCUACAUCAAAGAACAUCACUGUGAAUAAUCAAAACAGGAGGAGAUCCUAAAAGUUUCUACAGAGAGAAAACAAAAGAUCAGGAAUAAGAUGGCCUCAGAUUUCUCAACAGCAGCCUUGAAAGUGAGAGGACAAUGGUGUAAGCCUUCAAAAUGGGAAAAGGAAAACGAUUUUCACCCAGAAUUUUAUACCCUCAAGUGUGAGUAUAGAAUAAAGGCAUUUCAGACCCUUUAGAUCUUAAAACUUUAUCUCCCAUGUAUUCUUUCUCAGAUAUGCAACACUAAAGAAAGGGUAAACCAGGAAAGAAAAAGACAGAUAUGUGGUUACCCUAUUACCAUCUGUAUAUUAGGAGUCUCUAAAAUAAAAAAGAGAGGGGUCUUGUCCAUGUGGAGCCAUCUGCAUCUUGGAGGACAUUCCUAAUAGAGUGCAAACUUUCAGAGACCUACCUUGGGUGCAGUGCCCACCCACACUACUUCUUACUCUGCAGUUGUAGUCUGUGCCUUUGCAAAAGUUGGGGUAUAUGUACCCUUUGAGUCAGAUGCAAGGCGCUAUUUGUCUUAAAUGAUCCAUCUCAUUGCUGUUCCAAGUGACCUCAUAGCAGGAAACAUUUCCUUGUAACUUCAUCUAGUUAUUUGUUAUAAUCAUGGAAGAAGCUACCAUUGUUUUCUGUUACCUAUGGAACCGAAGGAAGAUGUAAAUGUGUUCUGUUUUAGCAUCCACUUCUGCAGACAGCUUGACUUUGCCCACUGCAGGGAGCAGAGGGUAGUGCUUAGUAAUACAGAGCCAGGCAGACUUUGGUAUGGACCCAGGCAUUCCUUGGUGUGACCUUGGUUAAGUUGCAGAAACUCUGUACUAAUUUCCUUAUCUGUAAAAUAGGGAUGACAAUCUACCUCACAGGUUUGUGUUGAGGAUUAACUGCAGUAAUAUAUGUAGAAGUGCUUAGACCAGUGACUGGAGCAUAAUAAACAAAAGUGUUAUUUAUUAUUAUAAUGCCAUUGAUAAGUUUUGAUUUAUGUAUGCACCAGUGAAACAGUCACCACAACCAAGAGAAUAAACACAGCCAUAACCCCCAAAACUCUGCUUACACCCCUUUGUAAUCUCUUCUUCCUGGCUCUCCACAGGCAACCACUGAUCUACUUUCUGUCACUUUGGAUUAGUUUUCCUUUUCUAGGAUUUUGGAUAAAUCUUAUUACACCGUAUGUACUCUUCUUUUUGGUCUGGUGUCUUUCACUCAGCAUAAUUAUUUUGAGAUUCACCCAUGUCGCAUGUAUCAAUGGUUCAUUCUUUUUUAUUGUUGAGGAGUAUUCCACUAUGGAUAUACCAGAGUUUGUCCACUCACCUCUUGAUGGUCAUUUGGGUUGUUUCCAGUUUUUGGCUGUUACAAAUAAAGCUGCUAUGAACGUUUGUGUCCAA